GGAAGUGGAAAAGGCGCGAUUCUGAAAAUUAACCCUAAACACUAGAAAAUUCUAACCUAAAGACCCAGAAACAAACUUAACAGAAGCGAUUCUCAAACUCUCCACUCUCCAUCUCUGGUUAAAAGUGAAAAAUCGAUUUGAGCGGGAAACUGCUCUAUAACUUCCACUCCUCCAAGUUGCAUCCCUCUCUCUCUCUCUCUCGCUUGUUCGUUCGUUCUUCCGAAUCUUCUCUUCUCCCUCCGUCACCGGAAAAUGCAGCACGGCGUAGAGGACGGUGGUAGCGGCGACGACCAAAACGCGCGUCCCGAGGAGAAUCAUCUGGACUCCGAGAUUCUCAAGCUGCGUCAACGCUGGGAACUCGCUUCUGUUCUCAAUUUCUUGGACGUGUUUAGUCCGAUACUUGGUAAGGAUUUGAAGCUGUCAGCUGAAGAAAUUGAGAUCGGCCUUGUUAAGCCUGAUGCUGCGCUUUCUCGUCUUCAUGUUCAACUUUUGAAGGGAAUGCCACCUGUGAGUAAAACAUUGGAUGAUUCUGAUAAAUGGGUGACCGUACUCUGUAAGAAGCUGACAAUGUGGUGGCCUUGGGUUGCUGAGGGGGAGAUUCCACUUAAACAAUCUAAAGGAGAGGAGAUAUCCAAGUACAAGGAACUUGAUCCAUCAGAUCGUUUACUGCUGCUAAAAGCACUUUGUGAAGUUAGAGCUGACCAACACGAUGCAGUGUCAUACAUUAAUGACGCCUUAAAAGAAGGAACCCAAGUUUCUUCUUUUCGCAAAGAUGCCUUAGGAAGAGAUGGAGCUGGUACAUCCUAUUGGUAUGAUGCAAAUUCAAAAGGUCAAAGUCACAGAUUGUACAAGGAAACAAUCACCAUGUCAAGAUCAAGCCCAAAGGCUAAGGUCAAAGGAUGUUUACCACUUCCGACCAUUAACUUCCAUUGGGAAACACUUGCUUCCAAUCUUGAGGAAUUUUCAGAAGUAGCUGAAAAAUUCUCAUCCAGCAUGUCAACUUUGGAAUUUAAUGUUGGCAAGAAGCUUCAAAGUGAUGCCAUUCCUGUUCUUGAAAAGCUUCAGAAGAAGAAAGAAAGAGCAUUGAAACAGAAGCAGAGGCAGGAAAUGCUUUUGAAAGAUUUUCAGAAACCUUAUGUUUCUGGAACUACACGAUCUUGUCGCACUCGAAAGCCUAUUAGUUACACAUUUGAAGCUUAUGAUCAAACAAUUAAGGAGGCAAUACAGCUAACAAACAAAAGGAAGUCUCCUGGUGCUAGCCAAGAUGGAAACAGAGGAUCAGAAGAUAAAUCCAACUCAAAAGAUGUUUCUUCCACAGACAGUGAUUCAAAAAGCGAUGUGCCCCCCUUAUCCGAGAGUGAUGAUACUGGUUAUAAAAUUGAGAAUCGCGGUAGCAGUGAGGAAGAGAAUGACGACAUUGAUAGUGAGAUGGGUAGGUCAGAAGCACAGACAAGCCGUGCAGUUUCUUAUCCCAAGGGUGUUCGCCAGAGUGAGCGGUUAACUGGCGUCCCUAACCAUUCAGUUCAAGAAAACAGAGCAAAGCAAAGACUGAGACAAAGACUAACCCGCAAUUCUGCCAUGGAAUCUAUAGUUAUACCGGAUUCAGAGGAUGAACAAGGAGGGAAGACAGAUCUCUCGGAGUCUAGUUAAGUUAGGCCUAGUGUCUAAUUAUAUUUUGGCCUAGUAUCGUAGAAUGCUUGUCAUGAAAAUUUUGGGGAAUUUGAACUACAUUCCUCACCCUAGGCUUAUAUAUAUUUUUUGUAUUUCUCUUCUUUUCUAUCUAUUGUCUCUGAAGUCAUGAACCGUUAACUCUUAGUGAUGUGAUUCGUGAAUUUUUGAAAUACUUGGCAUAUAAUAUAUAAAAAUAGAUGGCUAAUGAAUGCA